AUGGGGCACGCAGUACGCCAGUUCAAGGCACUGUUUUGGAAGAAUUGGCUCUGCCGUGUGAGGCAACCGGUCUUGUUCCUCUCUGAAAUACUCUGGCCAUGCAUGCUCUUCCUGAUUUUGGCUGCAAUCCGCUUCCAAGAGCCCCCGAAACACAAGGAAAACUGUUAUUUAGAAGCUCGGGAUUUGCCAAGUCGGGGCCUUUACCCUUUCAUGCGGUCUCUUUUCUGUAAUGUUGGUUCAAGAUGCAGGAAUACCAGUUACUCAACACAGAAAUACAACCGCUUACGGGAAAGGUGUUCCAGCCCUCUGGUUCUCGUGGUCUUUGUCUGGACUCUCUCCAACGGCUCCACAUCCUUUAUGUGCUGGGGGCCUCAGGCUUUGGGCGCAGUACUCCAGAGGACAUCUCAUAAGGAUAGAAUGGAUUUGAAUGAAGCAGAAGAAAUCAUUUCUAAAAUAGAAAACCUGUACAAACAGCCAUCUUUCUGGAACCUUUUGCAUUCUCUCCCUCGCCUUGAAUCAAAGCACUUAUAUACAGAGGAUGGAUUAGCUGCCAUAGCACAGUUUCUGGAAGUUAUUAAAAAUACCUUAGUAUCAUUGAAAGAUUUAUCUGUGAUGCCACUGGGACAGACUUUCCAUGAAGUGAUGAAAAUCACUCUAAAUUUAACUGCUACGUCAGUGCAGGAGAGGAGCUUGGAGGGUUUUCAGUAUAAUCUUUCUCUAGAGGAUAUUUUGUGGAAUCCACGUGCUGUCAGAGAAGAACUUGAAUCCAGAUUUGGUUUUGAUGAUUUUCAUGUUAAGAAACUUCUAAGUUAUACAACACAAUUAACAAAGAUUCCCACAGAAGAAACAGUGGAGCAGUUUGUGUGCUCUGCUCUGUCUGGUGUACCAGGAUAUGAAGCAAACAGAGAGAAUAAUGAAGAAAGCUGUAGUUCCGCAUGGCAAGAGGCCAAACUGUAUCUCAUCCAUGCUGUCAGUAAGCUCAGACUCUAUGCACAGGUAUUUGAGCAAUGGUUCACUAGCAGCCAUUCUCAGAAUCUUCUUUCAGAACUUGAAAAAAUCAUGGCUGAUUUAAUGUCUCAGCUUCUAGAAGACAAAGAGGCCAGGAAAAUUGUCUCAGAAAUACGUACCCUGAUCUGGGAAUGGGAUAAGAAAUCACAGGCUUAUUUUUCAGAAGAAUAUAUUUCACCUCAUGAUCUAAUCCUAUAUCUGAAGAAGAUGCAGGCUGUGCUGCAGACUGUGCCUCAGUGGUCUGUUGUGAAGAGAUUACGUCUGGCAGACGGAGCUCUGAGGAACGUAGUAUCACAGUAUUUAAACUUCACUGACGAAGCUUUACAUAGCCUGGAGAAAAUGAUUCCUUUUACCCAGAGAAAUGAAUCUGUUCAUCUGGACAUCAAAAAGCUUUUUGUGGAGCUAAAACAGAUGUUGAUGAGCAACUCUUCCUAUGUCCGUGAUGAUGUGCUCACAAUAUUUGGGAAGGCCCUCAGGCAUCCACAGAUUUCUGAUACCACUGAUAAUUUAGCCAUAUAUAUGUGCACUGGCAAUGACUCGGAGGUGGCUUUCAAGCAAAGCAAUCAGCUCCAGUCACUAAGGGAAGCUGUCCUGCUUCUGCAGAAAGUAACUCAGGGACAACAGAACCUGCCAGAUUCAAUAGUGGAUGAUUAUUUGGGAUGGCAAGAAAUAGAAGAAGAGUUAGCUGAAAAUUAUGCUUAUUACUGUGAAACUGAUCCAUUGCUGAGCGCAGAGGAGGAUGUCCAUUUCAGCUCUUGUGAGGAACAGCUUCUCUUCUCACUAAUUAAUAUUACCCUUGAAGAAUUUUUUUUUAUUUUUGAAGAAAACCCAUACUGGAAGUAUUUAACAACUUUCAUCCAAUGGAUGUGUGAGGUAGCUCAGUUCACAGAUGAGGAAGCUGGCUCCACAGGAGAUCAGUUAGGUGGAUUUGAAGCAUCUCUAUGUUCUAGUCAGAAACUUGGUUUGGAGACUAUCUUAGGGCAUUAUUUAUUAGCAUUUCUGCAAGAUUUACCAGAUUAUUCCUCAUUUAUUUCCUGGGCAUGGAAUUUAACAUCUAUAAAAGAGUUUUUGAAGACAGAAGAAAAUAUAUGGAUUUCAAGUGAAAAGGAAAUGGAUGACAUUUUACAUCUUGCAGAAAUCAUAGAAGAAAUUGUAGUGUUUGACUUCUCAGCUCUUUCAGGCCUCCGACCUCUAAUGGAAACUGCCUUAAGUAAUGUGAUUAUGUGGAUGAAAGGAAAGGAAUCCAUGAUGAAUGUCUCACUUGCAGUUUCUGAACUCUAUAAUGAAAUACAAAAAAAUUUACAGGUUCAUCUGAGAUUUUGGAUGAAGAAGACAGAUUUUUUCUGGCAAAUGGUGAAAAUUGUGUCUCAUGAACUUGAUUCUAGGGUUUCUCACGUAAGUCAAUUGGAAGUUGAAGAGGUACUGGAGUCUUCAUCUAGAUUUAUAUCUUCUGUUACAGAAAAUAAAAACAGUCAUAAUAGAAGCAUACAAUUGCUCAAAAAUAUCCUAGCAGAUUGGCAAGAUUUAAAUAGUCCUACUUUGAACCAUCUAAAAUACUUAAGUGAAGACUUUCUAAGGAAUCUCUAUGAGAUCGUAUCAUUGGCUGACAGUCAUGUCAAUGCAUCUUUCAGCAUAGGUCAUGGAGUGAGUAAUACCUCCUUUUCAUUACUGUCAAAUGCAACUUUUAUAUAUAAAGUACAAGAGUUAGGCAAAAUUGUUCCCAGUUUCUUUAAAGACAUUCAAAAAUUAAACAGUAGUAGUGUGGACUCGCUUCUUCAGAUACUUUUCUCUUUGUAUCAGAAUGCUGAUCUGCUCUUAAAAGCUGAGAGCAAUAACACUUUGAUGUUUCUUUAUAACACCUCAAAAGCUAUUUCAUCCUUUCAAACAUGGAAUGAUUUCCAAGAUAUGGACCGAGUUUCUGAUUUUCUAUCUCAAACUUUUGAUCUUCUCUGGAACUUUACCAGUAAGUCACUCUGUGAAAAAUUACUGACCUUUUACAAUUACACAGAAUUUCAGGCCUGGUCUUUUGUACAGGAAGACAAAAAAGAGUUGCAAGUUGUCUAUAAUAUUCUGAGCAGCCUUAAAACCUUAUUUUCAGAUGAAGACCUUGAAGAAUCUGCCUUUUGUUAUUUGGAACAAUUUUUUGACAUCUCCCCAGAAUGCAUUGUAAAUAAUGGGUGCAUUGGCUUUUAUCUAUCAAACAUCAGUUCUGUAAAUGAUUCUGCUGAGGUUUACAAUCUCCUUCUGCUUCCACUGGACAGUGUUUUGUAUAAUAUAACAAAACUGGAAGAUGAGGUAAGUGUAUCUUCUGCUUUUCAUUGCACUUUUACAUGGCUUCAAAUCUGGACAGAGAUUUUUGAAGAAACAUCCAAAAUCUUAAAAUUGAAUUCAACCUUUUUUGUCUAUCUAAGAAAUGAUUUGAGAAACCUCUCUGAAAGAAUUUUAAAUACAACUCAUAUUGAACUGUGCAAUAAAACAACUAUGGCUAUUGUUGAAGCUACAUCAGCAAUGAAUCUGUUGAAAAUGAUAGUUGAAGGUGGUGAUUCAAGUGACUGGAAAGAUUUUGAAACUUACUUUUCCAUAAUUCAGAAUGUUUUUGAAAAUGCAAUUGAUGAUGCAAGCUCAUUUAAAGGUAACAGUGCAGAUGAUGUUUUAGAAAUGACUGAAGUUGUGAUAACUGAAUUGCAGCAAUCUAUACUAAAGGUUGUUAAUAGAGACCUUUUGAAUUCUUGGCUUAAUAUGUUCAUCUCGGGAGGAUCUGAGGGAGAAAGGAGUUCCAGUGAGUUUUCCAUUGGGAAUUCACUUUCUACUAUUCUCAAACUCUCCCAAAAGGAACUUGGAUUUGUUCUUGCUGAGAUAAAGGACGCUGCUGCUUUCUUAACAUAUGCACCUCUAGAUAAAUAUUUGGUUUGUGCCAGCAUUUUACAGAAUAUUACAAAAUUAAUUUUUGACAGUACUCUGAAAAACAUAAACUAUACACAAGUGAAUUUUUCAUCCUAUAUUCAUUCCUUCCUCAAAUCUUACAGCGUAAUAGAAGGAGUAGAGAAUUGUGAUGGGUGGAUCCAUGUACUUCAUUACCUCAGUGAAAAAUACAAGUCACCUUCUCACUUUGAAAAUGCAAAACAUAUUUUAUUUCUAAUGAAAUCUCUGGGAAACACUCAGACAGAUGCUAAGCUAAAAAACAUUGUGAACUUCCUUGAUUUGAUUUUCAAUGUUAUGAUCCCUGAGUGCUCUUUAACUGGUUCUGAUGUGAUUUGUGUAAGCAUUUAUUUCAAUAUUAUAGGAAGAGCUUUAGAAGUCGUUCUCCCUGAAUUUAAUGUACAAAAUGACACUAAUGUGCUUGAAUAUAUUUUUACAUUCUUAAAUAAUUCUGGAGGACUAAUACAAGUGGCUGUGAAUAAUUUAAUGGGUCACUCACAAAAUACAUCAAAUGAUACCCAUUUCAAUCACUCAGUCCAUGGAUCUAACAGUACUUUAGUGCCCUUCCUUAAUCCCUUCCACAGUGUUUGGCUUUCCUCAAUAGACCUUUUGUCAGAAAUUCAACAUCAUCUUGAAAACAAAACUUCUGAAAUGCAAGAAAGCAGCUCCUCUUUCUUUGAUGAGAAAAAUAUCAGUUUGUUGAUGGAGAUCUUUCAAGCUGUGCUUAGUAAAUUCAAUACAUUCAGUUCAAACUUGCCUCAUGAAUUGCAGGGUGAAUACAACACAUUUCUCAAGAGACUGACAGAAAAAGCAGCUCUGAAUAGUAAACUGGUAGGAAAGGCACUCAAAAUUUUCAAGUCUUCUAGCCUUACUAGUUUUCCAAUAAGAAAUGAUAGAGAGUUUCUAGAGCACAUGAUAACCUUAGUGCAAAAUCUGAAGAAUAUGGAUAUUGACUUCUUGAUAGGUCAAUUCAAACAAGUCCAGAUGAGCUUGGACAGUUUCUUUAAAAAUAUCAAACCUCUGUACAGGGAGAAUCCUGAAUUAGGAAUGUUAAUAGGCUGGUUGGAUGCAUUUGAGAACAGUUCAUGUAAUUGGAACCUGACUGGUUUAUGGCAUAUCACACAACUUUUUCAAGAGGAUCUCUCUGAUGUAGAAGAGAUGUUCCAUCUUCUCCUUGAUGUCAUCAGCCUUAUGGAAAGUCUAGCUCAUGGGAACAUCACAGAAGUACUAGCUGAUGUGUAUACUUUUGCACUGACUCAAGAAGCAAAAAUGUCAAUGUUUACCAAAGAAGAAAUCUCUAAUCAAGUAGAAAGUCUACUAAUGUUAUUAGAGACACUGACAGAUGUGCCUGAUGAACCUGCAGAGGCCUCAAUUUGUUUUUCUGCAGAAUUCUGCUGGAUUCUCAAAAUGGUAACACCUCAGAGUGAUCCCAAUUCUUCCAAACCUUGUGAGUUUAUGCAAAGUAAUUUUUCUCUGAAUCACAAUGCAGUCUUACACAUCGUCAAAGAACUGAAACUUGUUACUCUGAAUGACAGUUUCUUGUGCACUAUGGAAGACUUUCAGACUGAUAUUACUCACAAUCUCACUUGCUUUAUUCAUCAGAUUAAAGAAUGGAACUCUAUUCUUCUGAAGUUUUCUGAGCUCCAUCAUGUAAACGGUUCACUUCUUAAAGAACUGCUAGCUUUUUGGAAUGAGCUAUAUCUCUAUGCUGUGCCUCUGCAGGAAAAUAAUACAGAUUCAACUGUCAACUGUUCCUCCACGUCAAAGAGAAAAGUGGCUUUACAAAUCAUAGAAACUCUGAGUAGUAUGCCAGCAGCAGAAAUGGAGAUGUCUGAAUAUGUCCUUGAACAGCUGAAUGUUCUUUAUGGUGGUUUAAGCUGGAGCAGGCACUCAAAAAUAUCACUUAUAGAGACUGUUUUUUCUUAUGUCAUGAACAUGACAACUGAAGUUUCUGGACUCUUGGAUACAGAAACUGUCUAUUCUUUUCUUUCUGUAGUUCAGCCUUUCAUGACUUUGUCUUCUGUUGAAAACCAAGCUUACUCGGUACUUACGGCAUUAUCAUCUUUAAAUGGGAACAACAAUAUAUCUGAUAACAUUGAGAAAAUCUGGUUUCCUGUAGUUAAAAGUAUAGAAGAUUUGUUGUUGAAUUUUAAUGUGAGACAAUCACUUGCAGUGAUAGACCAAGAGUUUCAGCUACUAAGAUUAGCCACUGGACGGUCCCCUUCAGUGACUUUUGAUGCGUUAAUACAGCAGUUUAAUACAUCAUCUGUAGAGGCUGUGUUAAGAAAACUUGAAGACAUACAAGAGAUUAUGAACAGCUUUCUGUGUGAGUGUAAUAAUCAAAAUUAUUCUAAAGUGAUGCAACCUUUAGUCCUUCUUAUGGCUAAUGAAAAAUCAUCAGAUCUACCGCUGGUUGUUAAAGAUAUUAUUGACUUUCUGGAACUAUUCCAAAAUAAAUCUAAAGAAGAUUACACCGGUAUGUUGUAUGUUGAUGAUCAUCUUAGCAGAGAAAUACUGAAUACUACUUACAUCGCUAAUUCAGUUUUUCAAAACUUUCUUUUUCAUAUGAUUGCUGACCUUGCUGUUACAAAAGAAGCUCUGCAUGCAAACAAUACUGAGCUUCAGAUAAUUGACUUCAUUGAUUCAUUUUUUGAUAAUGUACAAUACAAAAAUGCUUCUACUCUGUCACAAAACAGAACUCUGGAGAUCAUGCAAGAAAUGUUGCAAACUACAUUUGCAUAUUUCACAGAACAUAACAGGAAUAAAAUAGCUUUAGUAAAGGAUUUGAGAGCAUCUAAAAUAUGCCAAAUUCUUCAGAAACAUUUACAACCUGCUAGUGUUCUACUAUUGCAUAAGUUGCAGUUUGCCAUUUUGAAUAUUCUUAAAAUCUUCUCAGAAGAACCAGUUGUCACUAGCAACCUUUUCUGUGUUGUUAUGAAGUGUAAAGAUGGCAUAAUGCGUCACUUAGUAGUCUCUAUAAUUGAAGGAAUCACUCUGGUUCAAGACCAUUAUCAGAGUAUUGAAAAAAUGUGGAUAACGUUCAACAAGGGAGACUGUGAGAGCAUGGCAUAUAUAAACCUGAAACUUUCUAAUAAUGUAGAGAGCUUCCUGAGAGCCUUACAGAAUACUGCUGAUGGCAACUGUGACUGUCAACUAAUGUUGGAGAACAUCCAGAGACGCUUGCAAAAACUGAUUGAAAAUUGGGAGAUACAGUUGUCAGAAUAUCCUGUGGUGGCUUUUCUCAGCAAUUUUAAUCUUUUAAAUGAUAUGAAAGUCAAAGAUUAUGUGCAGAAUAUUACUGAAUUGAGGCUGGACAUUCUUUCUUCUGUCAACAUUUCUGAAGAAACUAUCAAUAGCAUCUUGGAAGCUAAUAUCUCUUUUUCAAAGGUUUUUUACAGUGCCUUUGUGGUAGCCUUCACUCAAAGAUGUGAUGAAGAAGUACUUAGCCUCUUGCUCAAGCUAUCUGAAAAGAGCAAAACCUCCCUGGCAGUGGAAGAAUUAUGUUCUUUACCAGCACUGGAUUUGUACACCACAUUUGUACUGAUUAUACAGAAUUUGAACUUACGUCAUAUAAUUUACACGAAUAAGAUACCAUCUGAGAUGAGCAAUGUACUGAGCACAUUACUGGAUGUGGUCUCUAGUAUCAGCUCUCUUCUUGAUAAAGUCCAGCAUGUAAUGGAAAACCUUCCAGUGUUCCUUCAAGCAAUUCAAAACAUUGGUAUGUUUGACAUCUCUGCACUGCAACAGUUCUUGCAAGGUGGACAGUUCAGAAGUUCAGCUGUUGGAUCGCUCGAGUCUGUAAUCAAGGCAGUAUGUAAAGAAGAAUCUCCGUUUUUCAGCAAUGCGAACCUGUUUGUUGAUAUGCCCAGAAUCACGGGGCUCUUGGAGGACAAUAUGGGAAAAUACGGGAUUCCUGAAGAUUCAACUCCUUUUUGUCUGAAGCUUUAUCAGGAGAUUUUACAGUCUUCAAAUGGGGCUUUGGUAUGGACUUUCUUGAAACCUUUAUUACAUGGGAAGAUACUGUACAAUUCAAACAUCAGCAUGAUUGACCUGGUUAUAGAAAAGGCUAAUUUCACUUUUGGUUUUGUGGAAAACUUGAAGACUUAUUCUCAAACAUGGCUAAGAAUGUCUGAAGUUUUUAAAAACCGUGGAAAUGUCCUCAUGGUCUCACGGCUGCAGGAAACACUGGAAAACAAUUUUGUAAAGCACUUUGUGGAAAGUAACCUGGAUAUUGACCUGGAAAAACUCUUUAAAAAAAUGCAAGUAUAUGAAAUUAUGAUGGGCAAGACGCUUAACAGCUCAGCAAGUAGACAAAUUGACCUGUUGUCACAGCUCAUAGUAAAUGUCUCUUCUUGUGUAUUACUGGAUCGUUUCCAGCCUUUUGAGUCUAUUGAUAAAUUGGAAGAGAAAGCUCAUGAACUCAUGCAGCACAAUAAUUUUUUGGCUAGUAUCAUCUUCAAUGCAUCCAGAAACAAGAUGCCAGAUUCCAGCAGUCUCCUUACACAGCACAUUUCAUAUACAAUUAGAACCAGUGUUCUCUAUAGCAUGAGAACGGACUUGAUUAAAAACCCAGCAUGGAAAUCUCACCCCCAGAAGCUGCCAUCUGAUGGGUUUAAAUACAAUCAUAUCUUUAUUCCUCUUCAAGAAAUGAUUGAAAGGGCAAUAAUUUCAGCACAGACUGGGUUAGAUAUCUCAGAGCCAGCAAUUCAAGUGCAAGCCAUGCCUUAUCCUUGUCAUACCAGUGAUCUAUUUUUGAACAACAUAGGUUUUUUUUUUCCACUUAUGAUGAUGUUAACAUGGAUGGUUUCUGUUGCUAGUAUGGUUCGCAAGCUGGUUUAUGAAAGAGAAAUUCAUCUUGAAGAGUAUAUGAAGACAAUGGGAGUGCAUCCAGCCAUUCACUUCUUUUCUUGGUUUCUGGAGAAUGUAAUUGUGCUAACAAUAAGCAGCUGUGCACUGGCCGUCAUUUUAAAAGCGAGUGGUAUCUUUGCUCAUAGCAAUGGUUUCCUCAUCUUUCUUUUUCUCCUGGAUUUUGGAGUGACAGUUAUUAUGUUAAGCUAUUUCCUGGGAGUUUUUUUCAGCAGUGCCAAUACUGCAGCUCUGUGUGCCAGCCUUGUGUAUAUGAUCAGUUUUUUACCCUACAUAGUUUUGUUGGUCUUGCAGAACCAGUUGAGUUUUAUCAAGCAGAUUAUGAUGUGUCUUCUCUCUACAACGGCCUUUGGGCAAGGAGUGUUUUUCAUUACAUUCUUUGAGGGCCAAGAAAUAGGAAUUCAGUGGAAUAACAUGUACCAACCAAUGGUGAAAGGAGGAUACAUGACCUUUGGAUGUAUCUGCUGGAUGAUGUUCUUUGACUCCAUUUUGUAUUCUGUAGGUGGCUGGUAUUUCAGCAAUAUUAUUCUAGGAACAAAUGGACUAAGGAACUGUUGGUACUUUCCCUUUACUGUUUCCUAUUGGAAGAACCUGUGUGGUUUAGAGAGGAUGAGAAAACAUUAUCUGAAUUCUAAUGUGUUUUUCUUCAAUGAAAACUUCAGAGAGAAAGGUUUGUAGUCAUGACAGAAUUUUAGCACUUGCACAGAAGGAGCCACCAUUGGUGUUGUGUUGCUGUCUCUCACCAAAGAGCACGUGGAUAACCAUAAGGCUGCUGUUAAAGACCUCAGCCUUACUUUCCAUAAAGGCCAAAUAACAGCACUCUUGGGACCUAAUGGAGCUGGCAAAACAACAGUUAUAUCACUGUUGACUGGUCUGUACCCACCCAGCUCUGGUACCAUUCUUAUCAAUGGAAAGGACAUCCGAACUGACCUGGCUGCCAUCAGGACAGAGCUGGGUGUUUGCCCACAGUAUGAUGUUCUGUUCAACAUACUAACAGUACGAGAACAUCUGCUCCUUUAUGGAUCAGUGAAGGCACCCGGCUGGACAAACGAGCAGUUGAAUCAGCAAGUCAGUGGAGCUCUGGAAGAUGUGGGUUUAUCCCAGCACCAGUGCAAACCUGUUGGAGCCCUUUCUGGGGGAAUGAAAAGGAGACUGUCGAUUGCCAUUUCCUUUAUUGGAAACUCAAAGACUGUUGUUCUAGAUGAGCCCACCAGUGGAGUAGAUCCAUGUUCCCGCCGUAGCAUUUGGGAUGUUAUACUGAAGUACAAAGCUGGUUGCACGCUGAUCUUUACUACUCACCAUCUUGAUGAGGCAGAGGUGCUCAGUGAUCGCAUUGCCAUUCUGCAACAGGGCCAACUGAGGUGCUACGGUUCUCCUUCUUAUCUGAGAGAAACAUAUGGCCAGGGACACAAUUUAACGCUCAUAAAAAAGCCUUCUGUGUUUGAAAUCCAGGAUUCUAAGCAUGUUGUCCGGGUCACAUCAUUUGUGCAGACUCACAUCCCAGAAGCUUUCUUGAAAGAGAACAGUGGGACUGAACUAACCUAUGUGAUUCCAGAAAGGGCAGAUAAGACCUCUUUUAAAGGUCUUUUCCAGGCUUUAGAUCAAAGCCUUCAUCAUUUACAUGUGACCGGCUAUGGCAUUUCUGACACCACCUUGGAAGAGGUAUUUCUGAAGCUACUGCAAGACUCGGAGAAGAUGUCAUUUGUUCCACAAGAAGCACAUCUGAACAAUGCAAAAGAUGCUGAAUCAGCCUAUAUCUCACUUAUGGAGGCCUCACGUGUGUGUGGAACUAAUCUCAUUCUUGCACAAAUUGUUGCCCUUCUGCUGAAGAGGUUUCACCACAUUAGGCGAGACUGGAGAGGAAGUCUGUCAAAUGUUCUUCUGCCAGUCCUCUUUGUUGCACUGGCAAUGGCCUUGUUUAGUGUGAAGCCUCUGGCGGUUGAUUAUCCUUCUCUCAAGCUGACACCAAGACUUUACAAGAAUGCAGAAUCCUUCUUUAGCACUGAAGAUGAUAAUCUAGGAAACCUUUCUCAGAUUCUACUGAGAUGUUUCUUUGACUGGGACUUCACAUGCAUGCAUUCAAAACAAGGAAAAAAUAAUUCAUGCUGGCAGAUGGAAUCAGAUUCACUCCUGAAUUCAUGUGGAUGCAUGUCGGCAAAUGAGAUGUGUCUGAGUUUCAAUACCUCUGUUCCCUAUGUGAAAAAUAAGAGAGGACAUGUUUUAUACAAUCUCUCAGGGUUGAUUGUGGAAGAAUAUUUAGUGAGGCCUUCCAACAAAGAAAGAUAUGGUGGUUGGUCUUUUGGUGGGAAGAAAGUUUCUGAAUAUCGAGAACAAAAAUGGAAUAAUAUCAAAUCUAAGCCUCUGGUUAAGGUAGCAAAUAUCAUUUUAUAUUCAUUUGUACUCUAUAAAGUCAAUGUCUGUCUGAACCCCUCUUUAUUUUUGGCUCAAAGCUUGCUUUCUGAGGCAUUUCUUGCAAUAAGACUGACUUAUGCAGGAAGCAAGUGGUGGGUAUCACUGUGUGGCAAUCAGCAUUACUUUGUGGACAAUUUUACAUUUGAAAACAUUUCUUUGAAACUGCCUUCUGAAGAGAGUGCUCAGAAGCACUUACUAGCAGAAGAUCUGGCCUAUGACCAAAUAACUCCAGUUUGGUGGGAACAUAGGAUGCUGAUGAGAUUUGAGGUAACUGUGAAGACCAUGAACAGAGCAGGAAAUGUGAAAGCUACUGUGUGGUAUAACCAAAAAGGUUUCCAUUCACUGCCAUCCUACCUAAAUGAACUCAAUAACUUCAUUCUGUGGCUGAAUUUGCCCCCAGCUGUGGAUAGGAGACAGUAUGGGAUCACACUCUACAGCCAACCAUACGGAGGAGCCUUGCUGGAUGAGGACAAAAUAAUGGAAAAUGUUCGUCAGUGUGGGGUAGCACUCUGUAUCAUGCUCGGUUUCUCCAUCCUCACCGCAUUCAUUGGCAGUGCCAUAGUGAAAGACAGAGUGUCUGGUACUAAACGGUUGCAACACAUCACUGGCCUGGGUUACAAAACGUACUGGCUUGCUAAUUUCUGCUGUGAUAUGCUGUUUUAUAUGCUUCCCGUCACCCUGUGUGUUGGUGUUAUUACUGCUUUCCAGCUAUCAGCCUUCACUUUCCGAAACAAUUUGGCAGCCACUGUUAUCCUGCUGGUUCUCUUUGGAUAUGCAACUUUACCAUGGAUGUAUCUUGUAUCCAGAUUCUUCUCAAGUUCAGAUGUAGCUUUUAUUUCUUACAUCUCCUUAAACUUUGUGUUUGGCCUUUGUACCAUGCUGGUGACUCUCCUACCUCGUUUGCUAGCUAUAAUUUCCAAAGUCCAGAGUUUUCAGAACAUCUACAAGAUCCUCAAAUGGGCAUUUAUCAUAUUCCCACAAUUCUGCUUAGGACAAGGUUUAAUAGAACUUUCAUACAACCAGAUCAAAUUUGACCUAACCAGCAACUUUGGAAUAGAUUUGUAUGUAAGCCCUUUUGAAAUGAAUUUUCUGGGCUGGAUUUUUGUGGAAAUGGCCCUACAGGGAACAGUUCUUCUUCUUUUACGGCUGUUUUUCCAUUGGGAUCUCCUCCAGAAACCAAGGAGUCAGCAUUCAGUUAACAGCAUGGUCAACCCAUCAGAAGAUAUUGAUGUAGAAAUGGAGCGACAGCGACUUUUUGGGGGAAGAACUGGUAAUGAUGUCCUUCUUCUGUACAAUCUCACGAAGUGUUACGGAGGUUUCAAUAAGAAGAACACAGCUGUGGAAAACAUAAGCUUGGGAAUAACAAAGGGAGAGUGCUUUGGACUCCUGGGAACAAAUGGAGCUGGGAAAAGCACAACGUUUAAGAUGCUGACUGGAGAUAUCAUUCCAUCUGCAGGGCGUGCUGUUAUCCGAACUCCUACAGGCUCUGAAAUGGAUAUACUGUCCGCUAGCUCUGAAGGCAUUCUUACUGGCUAUUGUCCACAGCAAGAUGCACUGGAUGAACUUUUAACGGGUUGGGAACAUCUUUAUUAUUACUGCACACUGCGUGGAAUUCCAAAACAACAUAUUUGUAAGGUAGCAGAGGACCUUGUUAACCGGUUGCAACUCAAUGCCCACGCUGACAAACUGGUGAGAACAUACAGUGCUGGCACAAAAAGAAAGCUCUCUGCUGCUCUGGCUCUAGUUGGUAAACCACAAAUACUUUUACUGGAUGAGCCAAGUUCUGGGAUGGAUCCUUGCUCUAAGCGCUACCUGUGGAAAACCAUCUUGAAAGAAGUUCAGGAUGGCUGUGCAGCUGUGCUGUCAUCCCACAGUAUGGAAGAAUGUGAAGCCCUCUGCACGCGACUUGCUAUUAUGGUGAAUGGAAGCUUCAAGUGUCUUGGCUCUCCCCAGCACAUUAAAAACAGGUUUGGAGAUGGCUAUUCUGUCAAAGUUUGGCUUAGCAAAGAAAUAAGCUAUCAAAGAAUGAUUUUGGACUGUCUGAAGCUGCAUUUUCCUGGAGCACAAUUUAAGGGACAACAUCUUAACCUGCUUGAGUACCAUGUACCACGAAGUGAGGGAUGCCUAUCUGAGCUCUUCAGAGUCCUAGAGAACUACAAAGCUUUUCUCCAAAUCAAACAUUAUUCCAUUAGCCAAACUACACUGGAGCAGGUAUUCGUUAAUUUUGCUACACAGCAGCAAGGAAUCUCGCAUUCUUCACAAGAAUCUCCCACUGUUCGUCAAGACCACCUGCCAGUUUAGGAUCAGAACAGCAUACAGUUUCAACAGCACAUGUGCAUGUGUGCGUUUGUGCGUAUAUAAAUACACAUUUUAUAUGCAAUGAAAAUUUUCAGCUGUUAACAGUUUGUGAGUGAGUGAGAAGCAUGUAGUAGGAGCAGAGAUGAAUUGGCAUAUGUAGGCCAAAAGGAAUGUUAUCAGUUCUCAGUAAUACAAGAGAGUAGUGACCUGCCAACAAAAACUCUGCCAGAAAGUAAUGUUUUGAAACUAACUGCAAUUUUAUAAUAAAAAGGUCCAAAUUAAUGCAGCUUUGCAUAACAAAAAAAGACUGGUCCGAAAUGUCACUGUGCAUAGUGCAUUUUCUUUUGGUGGUAGAUCUAUAUUCAUUUAACUGCAGUAAUUUUCUCUUGCAUGCACAUUUAGUAACUAAUUUUUAUGUGACAAGUCAAGAAAAACUCAUUGAAUAGUAGAAAUAGCUAAGCUAUCACCCGACAUCUGUAUUUAAUAGCACAAAUUGGGAGCCUUUUGACUUCUGCAUUAAUUCAGAUCUGUGUUGUGACAAGUUAAAUUAGCCUUUUUAUUGUAUAAUGGAUGCACUGUAUUCCAUGAGGAUUUAUGUUGAAUAGGGUAUUAGUGUACUAGUCUGCCUCCUAGUUAUGUAAAGUAAAUUUAAUAAAUGUUCAUAAAUCAUACUUGACAAUGAGUUUUCCCUUAUGCCUACAGGUUGUUGCUGGAGAAUUCUCAAGCAUCUCUUUAAUAACCUAUUUCCUUUUUCCCGACUUUUUC